CUCUCUGCUGGGCUGCUGGCUUCCAGGAUAUAUCCUAGUGCAUGUAACAAGUUUCUAUACACUCUGUGACUUUACUCUCUUUUACCAUGGACAGGAGAAAUAACAUUUCUUUGCUGUUUAUAAUCCAAGGUGCUUUUUUGAAGUUCUGUACAUCAUACAAUGUCGGGCUGUCAGGAUAUAAAAUAUUCUCUGGAUUACCAAAUGAGCAGUUUGGGUACGCUGUCCAACAGUUUCAUAAUCAAGAUGGAAACUGGUUAUUGGUUAGCUCUCCAUGGAGCGGAUAUCCCAGGAACAGGAUGGGAGAUGUCUAUAAAUGUCUUGUCAACUCACCGACAGCAAAAUGUGAUAAAAUGAACUUAGCAAGUGCAACUGUAAUCCCAAACGUUACUGAAAUAAAGGAGGAUAUGAAUCUUGGACUGACGCUUAUUAGAAAUGAAAAUACGGGUGGAUUUUUGACAUGUGGCCCAUUAUGGGCCCAGCAAUGUGGAAAGGAUUUCUAUGCGACGGGGGUGUGCUCUGAUGUAAGCCCAACUUUUCAAGUACUUAGAAGCUUUUCUCCAGCUGUCCAAACUUGUUCUUCGGUUAUCGAUAUUGCUAUCGUGUGCGAUGGUUCCAACAGUAUUUAUCCCUGGUCAGCAGUACGUAACUUCUUGGAGAAAUUUGUGGAAGGGUUGGAUAUUGGACCUACAAAGACUCAGGUGAGUCUCAUACAGUAUGGAAAUGAUCCCCGCGUGAUGUUUAGGAUGAACACAUACAAAAACAGACAAGACAUGAGCAGAGCAAUCUCGGGAAUCACGCAGAUGGGUGGAGAUCAGACAAACACCUUCAAAGCAAUCGAUUUUACCAGAUUGAACGCAUUCUCUGCGGAAUACGGAGGACGAGCAAAUGCUAACAAGGUGAUGGUGGUCAUCACUGAUGGGGAAUCUCAUGACAAUGCCAUGCUAACAGAAGUGAUCAAGCGCUGUGAGCAGGAUAAGAUCAUCAGAUUUGGCAUAGCGGUUUUGGGAUACUACAAUAGAUACAAUAUUGACAGCAAAAACCUGAUUAAUGAAAUCAAAUCCAUCGCAAGUGAUCCCAAGGAGAGGUUCUUCUUCAACGUGUCGGACGAAGCGGCUCUGUUAGAAAAAGCCGGAACCCUGGGAGAGAGAAUUUUUAGCAUCGAAGGAACAACACAAGGAGGAGAAACGUUUCAGAUGGAAAUGUCACAAGUGGGCUUUAGUGCGCAGUAUUCACAGAAUAAGGGUUCGCUGAUGUUGGGAGCUGUUGGCGCUUAUGACUGGACUGGCACCAUAGUGCAUCAAGACGCAAAGCAGUUUACUAUUUUCCCUUAUAGUGCAUUUGAAAAAUAUCUGAAGGAUCGAAACCAAAGUUCUUAUCUAGGAUAUUCUGUAGACACUAUCAACAUGGUGAACUCUGUCAACUUUGUUGCCGGAGCCCCAAGAGCUAAUUACACUGGUCAAGUUGUGGUGUACAGCAUUACCGACAAGGGGAACGUGGCGAAUAUUCAGAUUCAGAAAGGAGAACAGAUUGGCUCCUAUUUCGGCAGUGUUCUGUGUUCUGUGGAUGUGGACAAGGAUUCUGUCACUGAUGUUCUACUCGUCGGGGCUCCCAUGUUCAUGAAUGAACAGAAGAUAGAGCAAGGACAAGUCUAUGUGUUUUCUAUCAAAUGGGGAACUUUAAGUCGACAUGAACUAUUGGAAGGCCCUAAAAACUCAGAGAACACCAGGUUUGGUGCAACCAUAGCAAUGCUUUCUGAUAUCGACUUGGACGGUUUUAAUGAUGUCGUCGUUGGAGCGCCUUUGGAGAACCAGAAUAGCGGAGCAGUUUAUAUUUACAAUGGGUAUAAAAACACCAUUAGAACUAAAUAUUCCCAGAAGAUCCUUGGUUCCUUGUUCACGCCUCCCCUGCAAUUUUUUGGAAGGUCAUUAAAUGGUCAUGCGGAUUUAAAUGGAGAUUCCAUUACUGAUAUAUCUGUCGGCGCCUACGAAAAAGUCGUUCAGCUUUGGUCGCAGAGUAUUGUGGAUGUGUCGGUGAAGGCUUCGUUUAGUCCGGAUAAAAUAAUUCUCACAAAUAAGAAUAGUGAGAUAAGUGUAAAAAUCUGCUUCAGUGCUCACUUCAGACCUGCCAGCUCCAGCAAACAAUUAGUGGCCAUCACUUACAAUGCAACACUAGAUGCUGAUCUGCUGUCAUCGCGAGUGACGUCUAGAGGACAGUUCAAGGAAAAUGGCGACCGAUUACUAACAAAAAAUGUUGACAUAAGCACAGAGGAAAGUUGUUUUGAACACAUCUUUAACGUUCAGGAGACAUCAGACUCGGAGAGCGCCCUGGCGUUGCGCAUUAAUAUCGCCGCUCAGAAACCCAAUAGCAGUCCGGUUUUAAAUCCGUAUUUGUCUGGUUCCAGCGAGUGGUUUAUCCCCUUCCUAAAGGAGUGUGGAGACGAUGGAGUGUGUAUCUCUGACCUCUCACUUCAGGUUGAGCAGAAACCAAAGGAUGUCAAAUUACCAUACGUUGUGAGUGACAAGAACAGACGGCUGCUGUUCCAAGUAACACUGAGAAAUAAAAGGGAGAAUGCAUAUAACACAAAACUGAAAGCUGUCUUCUCUGAGAAUCUGUUCUUUGCAUCAUCGUCCUCUUCUGGUGAUGGAACAGAAGUGUUGUGCCAAGUUGGCAGUACACAGUCCGUCAGCUGUCUGGUUGGUUUUCCUUGCCUGAAGGACAAUCAAAAGGUUUCAUUUGAUAUCGGAUUUGAUUUUAACCUCAAACACCUUCAGGAUAAAGCAUAUAUAUACUUCCAGGCUACGAGUGAGAGCAAUGAGGCUAAUGAGCAAGACAAUGCAGUCAACAUAUCUAUCCCUGUCCGGUACGACUCGGAGAUCCACCUCACCAGAUCUUCCAACAUUAAUUUCUAUGAGGUUUUCUCUGGUGCCAGCGUUCCAUCAGUGGUGAAUAAUUUACAUGAAAUUGGUCCAGAGUUUAACUUCUCCAUAAAGAUCAGUACCGGGACCAGUCCAGUGACAGCAGCUUUUGUAACAGUAAAUGUUCCAGAGUUCACGAAAGCAGACAACCCAUUACUGUACAUCACAGCAAUCCAAACAGACCAGGCUACUUGCACUGCUAGUGUAAACCCUCUCCAGAUAGGAAAAAAAGAAUAUGUGACCUCAUUUAAGGAAGAGAACCUUAGAAACAUUCAAGAAUUAACCUGUGAUAAUACAAGGUGUACAACAUUCAAGUGUGUGAUCAAAGACCUUCAACUCCGAGAAGAUUACUUUGUGAAUGUAUCUACCAGAAUUUGGAAUGGGACGUUUGCAUCUUCCUCUUUCCAAGCAGUGGAUUUAAUAGCAAGCACAACACUGGAAACGGCUAACCCUGAAAUAUUUGUAGUCAGCAACAAGAAAAUAGAGAUUCCACUCACCAUACUAAAGCCUGAUGAGAAAUCUGAAGUCCCUAUUGGGGUGGUGAUUGGAAGCGCUCUCGCUGGACUUCUCCUUCUCGCCGCUCUGGUGGCUGCUUUGUGGAAGUUUGGAUUUUUCAAAAGAAAAUAUCAAAAACUUCAGAAAAAUGAAGAUGAAAUUGCGGAGACGACUCAAUUAAACUAACGCCGGAAUGAUUUGCCAUAUCGUUUUGUGGGGUUUUAUUGUUUUUUGUUUGUUUUUUCUAGGGGGAAAAUGUAUUAUAUUAUCAAACUGCAGGGCAGUUGUGGAAUACACAUUGUUUUUGUAAUUUGUAUAACUUCGCUAGCUGGUCUGGGGGACUUUGUAAGAAUGAAUUUACCGAUUUAUCGUAGAGUUGCAAUUUUUGCAUAUGCAGUUGUAAAUUUUGUUUUCAUCUUUUUUACGUACGGUUUUGGUUAUUAGGCCUCAUUUUGUUUACAGUAUAUUUACUACUGGUAAUAGCAAUAGAUGGUCAUUCCUAUUAUGUUUAGGGAGUCAUAAUAAAUCCUGAAUAUUUUGUCUCACAAUUGUAAAAAUAGCUUACGUAUAUAUAUAUAUAUAUAUAUAUAUAUAUAUACAGAUGGAGCCCUGCUCAUCUAUCCCUUUAAUAGGAUUAAUUGAGCCAGUGCUGUCGGACUUAAUCCCCUGCAAUAUUGUUCUUUCUGUAUUGUAUUGCAGCUGAGAACAGAUGAAAGGCUUAUUCUAAUAAACCUUGGUGCACCAUGGCACACCAGAGAAGGCUAGAUGAUCGAGGCUCCAUCUGUAUAGUUGCCUCCAAAAACCAAAAGUUAUAUGCAAUCCCAAAACUAUAUUGCCCACUGGCAUUCACAAGGUCCAGCCAGUCUGGUGGCAUCCUGCGUAUACGCCUGUUGUCGCUGUACUGACUGCACACAAUUGGCUGUAUGAAAUAAGACCAGGCAGGAAGAAGAAGAUUCCAGAGAUGACAUUCCCAUUGAUGUUGCUGACGUGGUCUUUUUCCAGACAAGCAGCACGUCAUGUACCGGCACAGGCAUUAUAUCGGAUGUCGGUAGACUUGCCGAACCUUGUGAAUCCUGGCCCCUACGUAAGUAACCUUUUGGGUCGGGGUAGAACUUCUUACAUUCCAAAUUAUUUUUUAAAGACACAUACAGUGAUUAAAUAGGUAGCAUGGGUCUACUACGGUAUGCCGCGCUCAGGAUCUCGGCGCCCAGCAUACCGGUGCUGGGAUCCCAACCACCGGUAUACCGGCAGCGGGGCGAGUGCAAAAGAACCCCUUGCGGGCUCGGUGACGCUUUUUAUUCUCCCUCCAGGGGUUUCGUCGACACCCCAAGGGGGAAAAUAGUUGUCGGUAUGCCGGCUGUCGGGAUUCCGGCACCAGUAUGAUGAGCGCCGGGAUCCUGACAGGCGGCAUAUCAAGUGCCACCCAGGUAGCACAUAUCCUGCUAAAAGCACAGUGGGGUCCAAAGGAAGCCACUUUGUAACAAUAUAAACUUUAAUUCAUUAUAAAUUUAUUCCAAACUUUAUAAAAAGAAGUGUGUAUAGAUUUUAUUUUUUUUGAGACAGCACACUGGAUGUAAAUAGUGUAAGUUGUAUAGUAUAGUAUCAUAUUUUCAUUUUGCAAUGACACCUGUAACCAGAAGAUGUGAUUAUGUACUAGGUGAAGGGGAAAAAAAUGUAUAUUUGUUUAAUACAUCUAAAGAGAACACCUGUGACAGAACAUAUUAAAAAGCAAUAGUGGUUAAUAGGGUGUAAGAAAUGUAUAGUUAUUUUUAUCCAUUAUGUUUUGCUACCACUUUAUUCUGUAUUACUGCACUAUAAUGAUGAUUAGAUUACAAUGAAACACACCCCAGGGUACGGUGACAAUCAUUUUGCAUUCAGACCUUUGGGUUCGGCUGCCCGGGUGCUUAUUUGGGUAUUAUAACUGCUGGGUGCAGUGAUGUUUAUAUACCAUGUCCAUAUUCUGCAAUGUUCUGUACUGUAAGUCAUUUUUAUCUUGUUUUUGUUCAUUCUGUUUUUGUACUUUGUAAGGCGCUAUGGACCACUAUGGUACUAUACAAAAAAAACCAAAGAAUAAUAAUAACAACUUUCCUCAGCCCCAAUACUACAACACUACACACAUCAGGUGCCAAUGCAAUGGGAAAUAUAGUGGGAUCGUCUGUGAUAUUUCUGUAUGUUUUCCUUCUGGAACCUAUGUUAAGGCAUAAAUCUGAACCCACCCACCUUACCUGCUUUUUUGUUUUUUUUACCAGUUUGGCAACUGUAUAAUAAUAAGUGAUAAGUGGUUUUCUAAGUCAUCCCAAGGACGCUGUCUGGUGACGUCACACCACAGUGGCUCCACAGUAUUCUGCAAUGUGAAACUCUUCUACCUCCUGUACGAUGCGCAUAGCAUACACUAUGAUCACUGUGUAAUGCAAUCUGUAGUUACUGGUAGUCAGUGACAACCGGUGGGAGUCCUUGGAUGGCGUGUUGCGCUAUAGCAUGUAUAUGCAACAUAUAGACGGCAAGCAAAGUGUGUAAACAUGUUAGUUAUACCAUUGCACACACUCCAUGAGAUGUCAGAUGAAAACCAAUGAGUCUGGUGGCAUUUGUUGCAAACUAAUUGUCUCAACACAAGUAAUAUGUCACAUUGUAUAAUUGAAAAAAAUCAAUAUAUAUAUUUGUUUUCCACAAAACUCUGGUUAUUGUUUCCCUUUAUGGCAUCUGGGCAAAUUUAUAAGAGUAUCUGUGGCCAAUUCUAAUAGCACUUAUCACCUACAUACAAUUGAGGCAGCCAUUUUGUAGUCUCAACCAGUAUUCAUCAUAAUGCGGCCUAUGAAGUCCUGCAGAGCCAGUUCUUCCUCAUGGGUGUGGUGUAUUUUGUCGAUAUUCAUAGAGGGGAAUUCAAUGGUUUCUCCCCGCAGCCGCCACUAGAUUGCACCAAAUGGAGCAAUUGAAUUGUUGCUCCAUUUGGGCAUGCUGAGCCGUGGGGAGACACAUUUCAGCUCGCAGCUCCUUGUGUUGGCGAGCUGAAAUGUGAGGAAAGGGAUCGGUUUGGGCGCCCAAAUGGCACUUUUCGCGAUCACGCCCAUUAAUUUAGUCUGGUUUAGCUGCCUUACGCGGCAAAACCCGACACUAAUGGGCGAUCGGCGCAAUGACGGCCAUUAAUUGAAUAUCGCCCCUGCGAUCUCCAGUCACUUUAGAUGUGAGAUUGGGCGAUGAUAAAAAUUUAAUUCCCGCCAUAAUGUUGACAUGGCCGUAAUAUCCGAAUGCUUGGCAUGUUGACAUUGACCAUAUCGAUAUUUAUCAUGUCAACCUUGAUGAAAUGUCAACAUUAUUAGAAUGUCAACAAAACAUCUCUGGUGUAUAGUGGUGACUUACCCGGUCCGGUGGCUCUAGGAAAGUGACCAGUGCACUUUAAGGGGGGAAUUCAAUUACCUGCGGUAAAUUACUAAACGUUAAAAAAAAAAAAGUGUGAUACCCUUGGGCAGGGCCGGUGCUAGGGUGUUCGGCACCCCCCUGCAAACUAUAAAUUUGCAUCCUCCCAUAGUUUACAAAGGGAUAGCGUGCAGCAAAAAAGGGGUGUGGUCUCACAAGGAAGGGGCGGUGCCACACAAUAGUACCCCCAUUUCAAAUUACGCCACACAGUAGCACAAUCUUAUUCGCAUUACCCCGUGCAUAGUAGUGCUGUUUAUACUCAUAAUAGCCCCUGUAGUAGUAGCACCGAUUAUACACAUAAUAGCCCCUGUAGUAGUAGCACCGAUUAUACACAUAAUAGCCCCUGUAGUAGUAGCACCGCUUAUACGCAUAAUAGCCUAUGUAGUAGCACUGCUUAUACACAUAAUAGCCCCUGCAGUAGUAGCACCGAUUAUACGCAUAAUAGCCUCUGUAGUAGCACUGCUUAUACACAUAAUAGCCCCUGUAGUAGCACCGCUUAUACACAUAAUAGCCUCUGUAGUAGCACCGCUUAUACACAUAAUAGCCCCUGUAGUAGCACCGCUUAUACACAUAACAGCCCCUGUAAUAGCGCCACUGAUACACACAAUAGCCCCAGUACUAGUGGCGCUAAUACACACAUUAGCCCCUGUAGUAACGCUGCUUAUACACAUAAUAGCCCCUGUAGUAGCAUUGGUUACAUAUAAUUCCCUCAGAAGUGCCAUUUAUACAAAUUAUGCUCCCCCUCCCACACACAGGGGUGACCGCGGCGGCCGUCCAGGGGCCCCAACACACAGCGUGUUUGCAGUCUGAGGAGUUUCCCUCCACUUAUCCCAGUGUCCUGGUUGCCCUAUAAGAGUCCUGUGCAGAUGGGACUGUCGUUCCUGGCUGCCUGCCUGCUCCCUCUGUAUGAGUGUAUCCUGCUGCAGCAGCAGUGGAUUCUCUCUGACAGCAGUGACAGCUGCGCCGCUCAUCUCACACUCUCCUCUGCUCCUGCAUGCUCUGGCGCUGAGCGGUUCCCCCCCUCUCCCGGCUAUAAGGAUCUGCCAGGGCGGCGCAACCUCCUUCACACUUACACAGUAGCACCUGCCGCGCACAGAAUAGGGGGACCCAUCCACUAGUGGGGUGAGGCUCCUUCCCUACCUGUCCCUCAAGAUCAUCAGGGGCACCACCCGCCAUUAAGACUCACUGGUAAAAUAUGAAGCAGACUGAAGCAUUUACCCCAAAACUUUUAUGGGGUCAUGGCAGGAUUAAUAGAAGGGGGCGCAUGUUGUGGAUUAGGUGGGGGGUUUGAGAGGCUUUGCCAGCAAUAGUGGGAGCCCCCACAACCUUCAUUGUCCUGUGCCCCCAUCUGCCUUAAUCCGGCCCUGCGCGCGCGCACACACACACACACACUCUCUCUCUCUCUCUCUCACUCAACAUACCAUCUGGCUGGCCAGCUGGAUCUGUAGCAGCACAAGCAGUUUCUGUCCUCCUCUGCACUGAAGCCUGGUCCCGUGUAGAUCCGCCCCUCGGUGCAGUGUAGCUCCACCCCCUUUUCGGACAGGACACGGAAGGGUGGGGUAGGAGGAGGCUUCAAGCUGCCGACGCCGCUGCCUGUCAAACGAUGUGACAGGCGCAGCAGCAGGGUCCCAGGUUCAGCACAGGGAUGCAAAGCAGGCAGAGCGCCUCUCCUGCCUGGCGCCUACCUGCUUUGCAUCCCUUUGCUGAGCGGGUAGCGCCGGGCCUGCGCUUGGGCUUUAAUGCCCAGGGCCAUUCUAUUCAGCCCCUUUUUGACCAAUGUCCCUUGUUAACGCCCAUUAACUUAAUGUGUUAAUGGACAUUAACACAUGUUAACGGGUGUUAAUACACAGAAUCCGUAUAAAGUUCACAGGUUUGCAGCUACCAUUAACCCCAUAGUUAAUUGAUUAGCCCGUGUAAAUUACUGUGGCUAAUUGAAUUCCCUUCUAUACCUCACAUUUAUCUGAGGUAGGAAAAAUUUAACUUUUAGGGUAAUGUUGCAUUAAAUUGAUAACUUCUUUACAUAGCUUGAAACAACGUUCCGAAGGGAACCUACUGACUAGUAAUGACAACAGGAGUGAACCAAUGUUUUUUUACUUGAUCCAAUAUAUAUGUAUGUAUAUAUAUAUAUAAAAUAUUUAUAAGCAUAGUUAGUAAUCAAAGAGCUCCACAAUCAUAUGAAAUCAAAAGUUUGCAGCCUGGGGGCUUUAAAUUUAAUUUGUCAACAACGUCAGAAACAAUAGUAAGAAAUUUUUUUUUUCCUAUAGUACAGUAUGUGUCGGAAGCAGGUGGUGCAAUUUAAUAGGAAACAUCACUACAACAGUGGUCACAAUAUAUAUUUAUACAGUGUAUGUGUAUCAAGUACUUGACAGAACUGGGGAAGAAACGGUGUUCAGCAAAUAUUUUCUAUGUAUGAGUGUGACAAUCACUAGAUUCAUUAGAAAUAAUAAUUUAAGUCUUGCCCAGAAUAAAAAGUAAAUACAUGAAACGACAUAGAAAACACUGAAACGUUUCUGCAGUUUAUUAUUAAUCUAUAGAUUCUUGAAGUACUUGGGGCACCAAAUCUUCUUUUGUAUAUUGUCUUUUGUAUAAGAUUUACAUUUUAUGUUUAUGUAUUACUCUGUGGACACAUUUUAUAAAUAAAAAUGUUAAAGAUGA